UGAGCGCUAGUAGAACAGUUACACUUACUUGUUCUAGUAACAAUCACAAAGUUUUUAGUACAAAGGUAGCUAAGAAAAAAAGAAAAAUGUCUGCUGCACCAUCACAUAGGCAGAUGGCUAGGAAUGAACGUCGGAUGUUUGCUGCAUCCGACGACAGCACAAUGCUGAAGCAGAUCCAGGGAACACAUGCUCCUGAUGGCCGCGAUGUAGAUGUCAGGCCGAUCUUAGAAAUCAUUGAGGAUGUCUUUAAGCGUGCUGCCCCUAGCAUUCCUGGUGCACAUAUUGAAUCUUUGGAUGAUAAGACUGGUGCAGCUGUUGUUGAUGAAAAUGGGAUGCUUGAAGCAUUGGCUUUUGUCAUUCAGAAGGUUUCCUGUGAGGUACUAAGACCACUCUCAAUGAUAACAUGCAAAUGCGCGGGAGGAGGAGAUGCACAUGCGACAACAAUGGCACUUCUCAGCUUGCUGUCAAGCUAUUCAUGGGAUGCAAAGGUAGCCAUAGCUCUAACGGCACUAGCAAUAGCCUAUGGAGAGUUUGGGUUGGUGGUUCAGCUCUUCUCUAGUCACCCUCUCGCCAAGUCUGUUGCUGUCCUUAAGCAACUACCUGAUGUAAUGGAGCACUCUAAUGCACUGAAAUCCCGCUUUGAAGCCUUGAACAAUCUCAUUGGGGCGAUGUUGGAUGUAACAAAGAGGAUUGUUGAGUUCAGGCAGCUGCCUCAGCAGUACAUCUCAGCUGAGCAGCCGCCUUUAUCUGUUGCUAUGACACACAUUCCAACUGCUGCUUACUGGACUAUCAGGAGUGUUGUGGCCUGUGCCACGCAGAUUUUUAGUCUUAUUGGCAUGAGCUACGAGUAUGUUUCAUCAACGACGGAAGCAUGGGAGUUAUCAAGCUUGGCUCAUAAAGAGAGGAACAUUCAUGAUCAUCUUAUGCAACAACUUGCACUAUGCUAUCAGCAUAUAGAUGAGAAGAAACACAUUGAGGCAUACAACAAUCUUGUACGCAUCCUCGACUUACCACAGCUUGACAACACCAGGAUUCUAAGGCAUUUGAUAUACUUGAAGGAUGAUAUUAUGCCCCUUUAUGAAAAGCAUACCAAUUCAAGGGUUCAUGUUGAAGCCCUCAGGAGAAAAACAGUCCUGUUACUCAUUUCAGACUUUGAUGUCACCGAAGAAGAGCUGAGGAUUCUAGACCAAAUUUACAGUAAAUCAAGGUCAAAGCCUGAGCUCCAGUAUGAAAUUGUGUGGAUUCCGAUAAUUGACAAGACUAUCCCUUGGAGUGAAGCACUACAGCAAAGAUUCGAGCAGCUCGAGUCCAUGAUGUCAUGGUAUACUCUGCAUCACCCAAAAAUUAUGGAGCCUGCUGCUAUAAGGUAUAUUAGGGAGGUAUGGAAUUUUGACAAAAAGAUGAUCCUUGUCGCGCUAGACCCCCAAGGGAAAGUUGUAUGCCAAAAUGCUCUUCACAUGUUUUUAAUUUGGGGAAAUUUUGCCUACCCUUUUACUACUAUGAAAGAAGAAGCUCUUUGGAGAGAUGAGUCUUGGAGGCUUGAGCUUUUUGUAGAUGACAUCCAACCUCAAAUCAUCGAAUGGGCUCAUGAAGGAAGGUACGUUUGUGUGUAUGGAGGGGAAGACAUGGAUUGGAUAAGGCGGUUUACUCAUACUGCCAAUAAAGUAGCAGCCGCGGCAGGAAUCACUCUAGAGCUAGUAUAUGCCGGGAAAAGCAAUGCAAAGGAGCGAAUGAGGAAAAUUGUUCAAGUCAUAGACAAAGAUGGACAUAGCCAUUAUUUGCCUGACUUGAACUCAAUGUGGUACUUUUGGAUUAGGCUCGAGUGUAUGCUCUAUUCGAAAAUGCAACAUGGAAAGGGUGUUGAGAGUGACUCGAUUAUGCAAGAAGUGAUGACAGUGCUUAGCUUCGAUGGAAGUGACCAAGGGUGGGCUACUAUGUGGUUCGGAUUAACUGAUAUGGCUAGAUCCAAAGGAGACAUGAUACUAGAUUGCCUCAUGAAGUUUGAAGAUUGGCAGGAAAAUGCAUUAAGGAUAGGUUUUUUACCUGCUUUAAAGGAGCAUUUGCAGGAACUUCAUACUCCACACCACUGCAACCGGCUUAUUCUUCCUGGGGUUGGAGGCGGUAUCCCUGAGAAGGUGGUCUGUGCCGAGUGUGGAAGACCUAUGGAGAAGUACUUCAUGUACCGCUGCUGCACUGAUUAAAACACUUGCAUCUUCUAUAACCCGAAAAUUAUUCAGUUCAUUUGAUUUUUUAUAUGAUAAGUUUAUGCAGUGUAUAACAAUUUUAUGGUUAAUGAGUGCCAAGAUUCUGCUAUGUUUACAAGUAAUUACUGAGUUUUAGAGCUUUGUAAUAGUCUGCAACAGAGUGUGUGAUCAUGUAAUGCAGUAUUAAGAUUAAGAAUGUAAGAUUAUUAAAUUCUAGUGACAAAGCUGUUCUUUUUUCUGAUA